AUGCAAAUCUUUGUCAAGUCCCUCCAAGGCAACACUCUUGCCCUUGAUGUCGCUGGCUCCUCCUCCGUUGGUGCCGUCAAGAACAUGAUCGCUGAACGCGAAGGCAUCCCUGCCGACGCUCAGCUCUUGUCCUUCGCCGGCAAGAACCUCGUUGAUGGCGAGCUCUCUGCCUACGGUGUUGCUGACAUGAACACCCUUCACUUGAACGCUGAGUUGUUGGGUGGUGGUAAGAAGAAGAAGAAGAAAACCUACACCACUCCCAAGAAGAUCAAGCACAAGCGCAAAAAGGUCAAACUCGCUAUCUUGAAGUUCUACAAGGUUGACGAAUCUGGCAAGAUCACUCGUCUCCGCCGUGAGUGCCCCAACAACACCUGCGGUGCUGGUGUCUUCAUGGCUUGGCACAAGGACCGUCAAUACUGUGGCAAGUGCCAUUUGACUUACGUCUUCAAGCAGGGUGAAUCCGCUUAA